AUGAUGUACUGUUUCUGUGAUGGCCCUGUUCGCAACUUUGCCUGGCAAGAACCAAAUGACGAUCCUAGACCAACAUUUUAUUUAUGGAUUGCGUUUGACUCUCGAGAGAGGCCUAGACGGAGUGCUGGGGCGCAAGUGAUGUUAACAAUUAUCGUUUUUCCCGAUGACGAGGGGAAGCCUUUCAGUGAUUGGACUUAUCGUUCUCCGUCUAUACAGCGUCAUUUUUCUUGGUCUCCAAAUGGAAUUUCGCGCUGGCUAAGCGUACGAACAAUUGUGCAGAAUGCUGACGUAGAUCGCUUUUCUCGGGGACUUGAUAGGUCAAGCACGCUGGACGAAAGUACCCUGAAUCACUCCUCUCUCGACUCAACCUUGUUGCUGCUUGUUUGGAUAAACCAGAAAGGAACUGCCCUACAGGGUGCUUUGUUUGAUCUUAAUGCAUUUUAUUAUAAACGAUUGAUAAAGAGCGUUGUUUUUGACGAAACAAUCGCUCACCAGUGCCCUUUUCUGUCACUGUUUACUCUCGUAGAGUCGGAGACUGGCGUUAGUGAAGUACAG